AUGACUACUAUUACUGGAUUGCUCAUUAAUGAAGAACCUGGCCCGGCCUUCCCUGCGGCUGGGUGCGGAGAGGCCUCGCCGGGCGGCCUCCGCCCUUUUGUCUCCGGGGAGCGACCCUCCGCCGGCCUGGGGGUCCCUCGGGGCUGCCACGCACUCGCCUCCCCCGCCCGGGACCCCAGCCGCGCACCUCGAGCGGCAGAGGCCUCGCCCGCCCGCAAGCGCCCCCAGCCUGGGCGGACGAUGGGCAUUGUAGUCCGGCCCGUGGGCUGCUACACGAAGCCGCGGCCUGCGAGAGCCCGGCGGCCCCCGCCCCAGAGCCUACCUGAGGGGGCCGAAGCGAGGGGCGGCGGCCUAGCCGGGCCCAGCAGGCGCCGGAUCCCUCGCCGCCGCGGCGCCGCCGCCGCCUUCCUGCCUCCGCGGUGCGAGGCCGCCGUCCCGCGAGGGCCGCCGCUCUUCUCCGGCCCCGCCGCCGCCUCGCCCGCCGCUCCCGUCCUCCCUCCCUCCCUCCCUCUCCGCGGAGGCAGCAGCGCGACACCCGCGACGCUUUACGGCAGGCCGCCCGACGCCCCCAAGAGGCCGCGGCUCCCGCGCGCGCCCGCUUCCGGAUCCCCGUGGACGCCGCGGGAGGGGCCGCCUCCGCGCUCCCCUAGCUGGCUCGGAGGGCUCGCAUCUCUCCCUCGAGAGGGCCCCGCGCUCCCGCCCGCCCUCAGCAGCCGCUUCCGCCGGGAGACGCCGCAGCGCAGGACGGAAGAAGCGCCGCCCCGCAGGCGUCGCAGAACCCGAAGUGUGGGGGGAAACGCUCUGGGCGGCAGUCUCGACCCCUUUGCCGGCGAGGGAAAGGGCCCGUCUAGGCCCGCAAGGAGCGUCCCCUGGCGGCUGGGGGAGAGAGCGCGGCCGCGAACGCCGCCUGCGGGGAGCGAUGGCCCACCUUUCCGGGUUGUUGUGCACGCGCUGCGAUAA